AUGGCCCCCGCUGCUACCUCCUCUCUCCCAACUGCCCCGCACAACCUCACCGGGCCCAUCUCACGGGAGAUCUUCCCCGAUGGCCUGAAGACCACCGGCCAACAUGCCCCGCUUUACGACCACAUCCUCCCCUUCGACAAGUUCCCUAAGCAGGUCACUGGCCCGACUGUCUGGAAGGCCGAGGACUAUCGCGAAACUCCCGAAAAAUGGACACACACUUUCACUCAGGACCAGAUCGAUGAGCUGAGCGCAGCAUCGGAUGCUUUCCUCGCAUCCAAGACCCCGCUGACCGGAAUCUCAAAGGCGAGUGACGAAAUAAGCAACUUCGAGCUUCCCAAGCUGGCCGCCUACUUGCACGACCUGCGCGCAGAUCUCAUUGACGGCAAGGGCUUCAUCCUCUUCAAGGGCUUCCCCGUCGAGAAAUGGGGCAACCACAAGUCCGCCAUCGCAUACAUGGGUCUCGGCACAUACUUGGGCUACUUCGUCAGCCAGAACAGCCGCGGUCAUGUCCUCGGUCACGUCAAGGAUCUCGGCGAGGAUUCUACCCAGAUCGACAAAGUGCGCAUCUACCGCACGAACGCUCGCCAAUACUUCCACGCCGACGACUCCGACAUCGUCGGCCUCCUCUGCAUCGCCAAGGCCCUCGAAGGCGGCGAAUCAGACAUCGUCUCUUCCCACCACGUCUACAACACCCUCGCCGCUGAACGUCCUGAUGUCCUCAAGACUCUCACCGAGCCAAUCUGGUACUUCGACCGCAAGGGCGAGACCAGCAAGAACCAGGAAGAAUACAUCCGCACCAGCGUCAUCUACCUCGAGCGUGGCGAGAAUGGCCGCGUGUACACCAAGUGGGACCCAUACUACGUUCGUUCUCUGAGCCGUUUCAGCGACGCAGGUAUCAUCCCCGCCUUGUCCGAUGCACAGCAGGAGGCCCUGCAGGUCCUAGAAGAUACCUGCAUGCGUCUGUCCCUCCACAUGAUCCUGGAUAUCGGUGAUAUCCAGUUCCUGUCCAAUGCACACAUCCUGCAUGCCCGCACUGCCUACAGGGACCACGCGCCCCCCGCUCCCCGUCGCCAUCUGAUGCGCCUUUGGCUCGCAACGCCCGAGGAGGAGGGUGGCUGGAAGUUGCCCUUCUGGGAUAGCAAUGAGAAGAAGCGAGGUGGUAUUCAGGUCGAUGAUCAAGCUCCCGUUGCUCUUCUGGAUGCCGAAUAA